UCGUAGGAGCCGACUUCUCCUUGAAAGCGUCCCCGUUUCCUAUUUCUGCGGAGUUGCGGAGUGACUGUUCCCGGCCCACAGCCCGGCCGGGCCCCGAGCCCACGCUCCGUGCCCAUGCCCCUGGGGGCCGCCGCACCCCGGGGCCGGCAGCGGGGCCGGCGGCGGCGCCCGGAGCUCCGCGCCCAUGGGCAGCGGCGGCCAGCGCGGCGGCUCCGCGGGGCGCGGCACGGCCCGCAGCGCCAAAGGUCUAUUCUCAAACAUCUGGCUAUGGCGAGCUGUCGCUGGAGUUCUUACUGCUGCUGUCAUUUUCAUUUUAUGUAUUCAGUUUGUAAACCCUUCUCUGGCCAAAGACUGUCCUGUGUGCCCUCCCCUGGACCUGUGUCCACCAGGCUGGCUGUACUUCCAGAGGAAGUGUUACUACCUCUCAGAGCCUGAAGCCACCUGGAACUCCAGCCAGAGCAACUGCUCUUCCCACAACGCUUCCCUCCUGGUCAUCGAAAAUCAUCAGGAGCUGAGCUUUAUCAUGAAGAUCACAAAGCAAGACCCAUGGAUUGGACUCUAUAAAAGAGAUGAAGAGUUCUUUUGGGUAAAUGGAAAAGCAUUAGACAAUGAACUGUUUGAAGUAAAAGGCUCUGGAAGAUGUGCCUAUCUGGAGUCCAAAGGAGUUUCAGCCUCAGGAUGUUAUUUAACCAGGAAAUGGGUCUGUAGCUUGAGUAUCAACUCAGCACAAUAAAGUGGGCCAAGCCACCACCCCUGACACUCAGAGCUCUGAUAUGAUGCCUACACAGGCUAUGUCUGUGCUUUGGGACCCAGGAAUGUGUCCCAGCCCCUACCUGGAGCUGAAUGACUUUUCUGGUAGCCAGAAUUCUUCACCCAUGGAUGAAGGCUUUAAAGAUACAAUUUAAAAGAAUCUCUUCAGCACGUUGAUAAUUCAUUUCCUUGCCCCAUUUUUCCAGCUGUACUGCCCAGUUUCUUUUUGUUGGGCCAUCAGUAUUUCUUCCAUUUACUCUUCCCUUGUAGGAGCAGCUGCUCUUUCUUUCCCUUUUGGGUGUGCAGUUGGAGGGGUUUGUUCUGCUUUUCCUUUCGCCAGGCUCUGUGCAGGGAUGGGUGGUGAAGUGGAGGAGUGCCAGUGCCUCCUGGAUGCACGGUAAUGCAGAAGUGAACACUGUUGUUUUAGACAGGAUCACAGCAGAUUCCUCUCUCCAUGGUUGAUGGGAUGCACCUUGCAUUGUAUUCCAUGUUUUGUUAAUGUUAUGUUACAUUAAUCUUGUUAAAUCAUGCUGAUAAUGCUGUCAAACUAAUUUAUGUAGCUGCACUGCACCUGAAGUUACCCUCACAACACUUUCUUUAGCCAAAAAAAGGUCACAAUAGAUAAGAAUGCUUAUUUACCUGAGCAUCUGCAUGAUGGGGAGAGAGAAGAGUUGGAACUGAAAGAGUGAUGGUGAAGCUGCAGGCAUUAAUGUACAAAGGUAGAAACAGUCCUCAGUGCAAGGAGGCAAAACCAGGAAAAGAUAAUGAGAGAAUUAACAGCAAGGGAUGGUUCUCUGUGUUUUCCUCAUGCCCUGUGCCUGUCACAAUGUGAGGCUUCUGAGCAAGGGGGACAUUUCCAGAUGGACAGUCAGUGUUUCCUUGUGUAGGUGACAUUCUCAGCAGCAGCCUCCAGUGCUCCUGGAUUGCUGGGAGCCUGAACAGAAUUAGGGCACAAUCCCUCUGAUUGUCUGAGUCCCACUCAUAUCUAGCAGGUUAUCCAAAGAUUGAAAGUGUCAUUUGACCCAGAGGAAGUAUUCCUGGAAGGAAUAUAACUAUCAAGUUUCUAAAACAGGAAGAAUGGGAAGUUCACCUUUAUUAUUCUCUGUGACAGAAGGACUUGACUGUAGCAGGACCAUGUACACGGAUACUUGUAGGAGAAGGGGGUACAGGGACCUUGCCCCUGAUAAAUAACAGCUGUGUUAAUUACCCAAUUCCAAUAAAGAUAAGUGUGAUAAAAGGCAGUGGGUUAGCUGCUGAGGGGAGGAUCAUGAAGGAGGAGGAACCUUGAAGAAGGGGGAACAUGAGGAUAAUGAAGAAGAAGGAUUCUGAGGAGAGAGAAUCACUGCUCUGAGGUCAGUCUGGGUCUGCAGUUAGAGCCUGUUGUUGGAACCUGCAGUCACAGUCUAUCUAGGUAAAAGCCUGCAUUCAGGAUCUGCAAACUGAUACCUGCAGUCAGAGUUUAGCAGGAAAUAACCAGCAGUCAGAGGCUGCAAGGGAAACCUACAGUAGGAGCUUGCUGCAGCCAGAGGCAGUGAAUAGUUGGAGUCAGGAUGGCUGAGCUGUAAAGAGGAAUAAACCAGGACCCUUUUCAUGCUGUGAUAAACAAGAAGUCUGUCCCUUGGCUCAUUUCUACUCUCUAACAAGAGGGCUGCUGCAGCAGAUACUGUUAGCAACUUGUGACUUUCAGAUGUUUGUUGCCAUGAGCUUUUUCCUGUGUGUCAAGUGCUCAUAUUGAAAGAGAAUGUGCAGCUUCUCUCACGCCUGUUAAUGUAAACAUUGGCCAUGUUUUGCUGUCUUUCCUUGUUUACAUAUUUCUAGAUGGGAGGAGGAAAGGUAACGGACAGUUAGUUGGGCCAGUGGGAUUGAAAAGUGGGAAUUUAAUCCUCCAAUGGAUGGACAUUAUAGUAGGUGUAUAUAAGUUUCUUUUGUAAAUAAACUGGAGGAGUUCCUGCCUCCUGCUUGGAUCUGUUCACAACCCAGAAAAUGUCUCCUGAGUUCCUCUCUUAUCAUCAGGAUCAGCUGCGGCAGAUGUUUAUUAAAUAUAAUCACUAAUUUUGCUGGAUUACACUUUUCUUAAUUGCAUAUAUUCUUUAUAGGUACAGUAACAGGACUCUACAGUAUGAAAAGUCUAAUUAUCUAUUAAUUUAUAUAUUGGGGGAGUGUGUUACACUGCAGUGUUUUUAAAUGUACCUGGUUCUGAAGGAAAUGGUAUGUGCAAUACUCCUGAAAAGAUACUUAAUAAAUAUCUUUACAGAGCCUCUGAA